AUGGGUGCCUAUCGGUCGGAAUUCUCGCAGGAUGAAACAAAAAUCCUCUUCAUCCUCUCAUACCUCCGCAACGAGGCUGGCACAAGCUGCGCCGCCUCAAGAUGGGCGAUGAACUGGAAGCAGCGCAACUUUGAGAGCUUUAAUGGAAUAAAGGCUGGGGUCACCUUGGGGACCUUCUUGGAGGAGCUUCAAAGGGCUUUUGGGGACUCCAACGCGGAGCAAGUUGCCGCCACUCGGCUCAUGGCCCUGCACCAGAAUAGACGAUCCUUUGCAGAUUAUAUCUCCGACUUCGAGAUGCUGGCUGUGGAUGCGGGGUACAAUGUGGUCACCUCCACCAACAGCAAGGGCAAGUACAAGAAGGGGGAUCAGGACAACAUCCUCAUCAAAUUCCUCGAGCGUGGGCUGAGCAGCAAGAUCGCAAGUUGCCUCUACAACACAGGUGUCCCCUUGCCCAAGGCGUAUGGUGCCUUCAAGGACUGGUGUGUCAACAUCGAGGCAAAUGCUCUACGCAAUCAGCUGCGCAAAGCAUUGCAUGCGCACUCUACGCCACGACCACCCCCCCAAUUCCGCCCGCAGGCAGCCCCAACAACGCCUGCACCCGCCCCGGCCCAACCCGCUGCCAACGAACCGGUUCCAAUAGAAAUUGAUCGUACCCACGCCCGCGGCCGCAAUAUCAUCUGCUACAACUGUCAACAGCCUGGGCACAUUGCGCGGAACUGCCUGGAACCAAGGAAGAAGCGCACAUUCUUCAAUCGGGCCACGAUGCUUGAAGAGAUCGAGAACGGGGACAAGGACAACGAGUUCCUCAAGGAGAUUGCCGAGAAGCUGCGCGAGAAGGGUUUUUGA